GGGGGAGAAUCCAAUCCGGUUUGAGCUAGUUUUUCUUCCAAUGGAACAUUAACGCUGCGCUGUAUUAGACUGUACGGGCACAGCUUUAUCCACAAUAUACCACUGUAUUUUCUCCUGUAUCCUGUAACAUUCAGCUGGUUUUCUUUUUUUAUAUAUAUAAAAAGCACCCCAUACAAACCAACCAUGCCUAAAAGGAGCAAAGCAGGAGCAGCAGCAGGAGGAGACUCAGCGCCCAAGAGGAGAUCUCUCAGGUUGAAAGAUAGGCCCGCCCCUGCAAAGGCAGAGCCCAAACCUAAGCCAAAGCAGAAGGCACCUGCUAAGCCUAAGAAAGCUAAGGAUGUGGAGAAAGCCAAGCCUGAGGAGAAAGCACCGGAGGCCCCUGCAGAGAAUGGCGAAGCCAAAGCUGAGGAUGAGGCACCCGCUACAGACGUAGCCGAUCAAAAAGAUGAGGCAGCUGAAUAACAUCUCUCAAGUCAUGUCUUUUACCAGUGCUCCCUGUACCUCUUUUCUUGUACAAUUCAGGGGAAUAUUUUUAUCAACUAUUUUCUAAAUACAGGUUUUUUAGUAGUCUGAUUGUAGAGAACACUUUUUUUUAAUGAAAGAAAAAAAAAAGAAGUCAAUUUGGAGAUGGGAAUUUCAUCACAUCCCACAAUUUUGCAUCGCCAUGAAUUGCGGUCAUUGUUGUAACUGUCAGUGGAUUUUAUUUCAGUUUUAAAUGUGAAGGAGGGGAGGGCGCAGGGCAGGUUACCGUGUCAACACGCAAGCAUGACAUUCACAGGAGCUGGGGAAACAACCGGAAGAGCUUGCCUGCGUGGCUUACAUUCCAUAUGCUUUAUAAGGGACAGUGUCUGUAAUCUGUGCUGGGGUGGGAAUGGAAAAAGUCACAGGGCAACUCAUUGUUUUAUUGUUUAUAAUGAAAAACAGUGUUUUAGAAUGUUUGUAAGCUUUGUUCCUAUUUGUUAACUCUUGUACUCAUGCAGUUUUCUUAACAAAUCUGAUCAAUAAACCUAAAAUCCCUAGUACCAGAUCGCUCCCUUUCAAAACUGUGCAUCGCGUGUAUUGGUUGUGUCUCUGUUCUGUGAUAGCAUUGCAAUAAAUUUGUAUAGCUGCUGUGAAAAAAGGUUUUCAAUCUUUCUAUAUGCAGUGCGUAAAGGUACAUUGUAAGGAUGAUACAAAUGGAAUUUUUUUUCUUAGCCAAGCUAAUGAGGUAUGUAACCGUUAAAACCUGGCUUCUUAUUUGAAAUGUCAAAUGCAUACCAGCAGUAGCAAUAUUCAUGUGGGUUUUAGGUAUCUGUAUCAAGUACAAGUGUGCAGUUUCUUUUUAAUUGUUUAUAGAUGUACCUGUGUGAUGAUUGUUAUCAACAAACCAAUAAAACCCAGUUGGUAGUUGUUA